AUGAGGCGGCUAGUUAUUACUCUCGUGCUGCAGUUAUUCACAUUUACUAUCCUCAAUGUUGACAUUAAUUUAAGAACAACCACUUGUGUCUAUUUUCCUCCUAAUCCCUCUGACUUCACAUCCCCCUCUUCUCUCAGGUACGAGCGAGGGGGGAAGCGGAGGCGGCAACGACUGUUAGAAGUGGGCGGGGCCGGGAGUGGUGACGUCACAGACUCCUCCUCCGUAAGUGAUGACGUCAGUGGGGGCGCGGGAAGCGGCCGUGGUGACAGGAGAAGCUCGGGGCGGCGCAAGAGACCUUCCUCGUCGGCAAGGGAGAGAAAUUUGCGACGUCUGGAGAGUAACGAGAGGGAGAGGAUGAGGAUGCAUUCCCUCAAUGACGCCUUCCAGGCCCUGAGGGAGGUGAUCCCACACGUGAAGCGCGAGAGAAAGCUCUCCAAGAUCGAGACGUUGACCCUGGCCAAGAACUACAUCAUGGCGCUGACCAACGUGGUGUGCGAGAUGCGGGGCGAGGACAAGCCCUACCAGCUCUUCCCGAACAAGUCUUCGUCCAGCGAGGCAGCUUCCCCCAGCAGCUGCCUCUCCGGCUCCAGCACCCCGACCACCACCACCACCACCACAACCACCCUCCACAACAAUUCUCCUGGCCCUGACAACCACAACAGCGGUUGUGAGAAUAUCCUCAGAGAGACGGAGCUGUUGUGAGAGGCUGGUGAGGGUAGGUUGUUUAGGUGAAGAUGUGGGUAAAUGGGGCCCCUAUUGAGGGGUGCCACACUAGGGGUCCACUGAUGCUGGUAACGCAGGCAAUUGAAGCAGCAGAAGCAGCAGCAGCAGCAGCAGCAGCAGCAGCCGCAGCCGCAGCCGCUCAAAGAGGAGGCUUCACUGUCACUCGUGACUGAGUCAUCACCGUUCUUGUUACCAUCCAGUAGUCACUGUCAUUUUGACGAACACUAAUUACCGUCGUGAUCAUCAUUAGGGUUACAAACCAUCACUUUCACCAUCAUCUUCACCAUCAUCAUCAUCAUGUAAACAGGCCAUCGUAACUUUAUUUUAGCCAAAUAUUUCUCGUAAAUCAUAAUGAUAUUAUAACCACGCAACAUUUUCACUACCUCCACAUCACAAUCAUCUAUCAAACUGGCCAUUACAGUCACCAUAACUAGCAUCGUCUCCAAGAUAAGAACUUAGAACACGUGAACAAUCACAGGCUAAUUGUCUGCUUGUCACCAUUAACCAUCCUAGACCAUUGGAGUGCAUACAGCUGCCCUGAAGGACUGAGAGGCCCCUUAAGCGUUGCCCCUCCAGUUUCUCCCUCCACGGAGGAGGAGUCCCUCCACGGAGGAGGAGUCCCUCCACGGAAGAGGGUCCCUCCAUCAAGACAAGCUUAUAAUGGAGUCUUCCCUCCGUCUAGUAAAGCUUACCUAUACAAUUAUCCCUCCACCAGCCCUCCACCAGUGAGGUUCCCUCAAGAUAUCCCUCCGAAUACCAUUAAGAAGGUUUCAUUAACCUCAACCAUUGCCCCCCCCCCAUCCUUCGUCCACCUUAAUGGUCCCAGAGUCAUGUACCAUCUCCCUGAGCUACCAUGACAAUAGUACUUCACGGUGCUCACAAUACACGUUCCCAGUCAUGCUUGGCUUCUCUGUUAAAAUGACAGGAACUCUAAGAGGCAGUGGAACUGGAAGCUGGUGAACUCCACAUUGGAUAGAUUUGACUACAUUAAACGUGUUGACACACAC